GGUGUCGAGACCCCGCCUUGUUCCUGCUCCUGUUCCCGCUCCCGCCUCGCUCCCGCCCCAGUCUGCUCGCGGUCCCGUCCCGGGCGGAGGGGCAUCAUGUGCGAUCCGGCCGUGUCCAGUUUCCUCACCCAGACGCUGUGCGCCCAUGGCGGGCGGCUGGGGCUGCGGGAGCUGCAGGAGAACAUCGGGCUGUCGGCGUUGCAGCUGGAGAACACGCUGUCGGCGGCGGGCCCCCGGCGGUUCCUGGUUCUGGAGGGCGGCCAGGUGGUCCUGGCCGUGACGGACGUGCGGGUCUGUGUCCGCAAGGAGUGCGACGGCUGCGAGCGGCUGCACCUCUGCAAGCUGCACCUCAUGGGCAGGUGCCACCUGGGGCCCAGCUCUUGUAAGUACUCACAUGACGUCAUGAAUGCGGAGAACAAGAAAGUUCUAAAAAAACAUGAUUUGUCUGGCCUCAGUGAGAAUGAGCUGCAAGUCCUGCUUCUCCAAAAUGAUGCAUUCUUCCUCCCUGAUGCCUGCCAGUUUUACAACAAAAAAGGUUCUCACUGUAUGCAGCAAAACAACUGCAACAAGCUUCAUGUUUGUCAACACUUUCUCAAGGGGAAGUGUAAAUUUCCUCGAUGCAUAAAUUCCCAUAACCUCUUGGAUGACCAUGCAUUGAGAGUGUUGGAAACUGUAGGCAUUGAUGGGAAAAUAGCUUCAAACUUCCAGGCUAUAUAUGAUUACAAGCAUGUGGAAUUCAACAGGGAACAGAAGAAGGUGUAUGUACACAACUACAGAAAUGAUAAUUGGAAAAAGCCAGCAGUUAGAAGGAUUAAAGAACAGAAGACAACUUUGAAAACAGUGCAGUGCAUGCUGGAUGGGCCACCUUCAGAAGGUCCCAGUAGCACCGUACCUGCCCAGAGCCGAGACCAGUUGCCAACAGGAGUGGGAGAUAAAGAUAAAGGUUCCAGUAGCACCGUACCUGCCCAGAGCCGAGACCAGUUGCCAACAGGAGUGGGAGAUAAAGGUAAAAAGGACAGUUCCUCUGAUGAAGCUUCAAAGGACAACAAAAACGAUAACUGUGAUGAGAUCUGUUUAUUCUAUGUCUGGAAGUACUGCAAAAACAAGGAUAAAUGCAAAUCUGUUCAUUACCAUUUGCCAUAUAAGUGGGAGAUACAUGAUGGAUUGAACUGGAAAGAACUUUCCAUGAUGGAGGAAAUUGAAAAGGCCUAUUGUGACCCAAAGAACAGCAGCAUGCCAGAUAAGAACAUUAAUUUCCAGACAAUGACCUGCUCUUCUUCUUUGGUUCGACGCCUCUCUACACCAUCAUCAGUCACAAAACCCACAUUCCUGCUGACCACACAGUGGAUUUGGUACUGGAAGAAUAACCAAGACAAGUGGAUCGAAUAUGGAGAACAGGAAGAAGGGAACAGCACGACCUCACCAUCUUCUGCUAUUAUUGAGAAUUUGUAUCAAGCAGAUCCAUGUGCCAUUGUACCUUUCCAGGCUGGCCAACAGCAGUAUGAACUCAAUUUUAAAGAAAUGAUUCAGACAAAUACUCAUUUUAAAACUCAAAGACCGGUUUGCAGGCGACCAAAAUUUGUGUCUUCUGAAGAUGUGCAGAAGAUAAAGACAGGCAGCCAGAGGGAUUCUUCUAUUCCAAAUCAGACCUGUCCUAGUCACUGGGAUGCAUCUGCACUGCCUGACUUCGGAUACAAGGCAGUGGUGAUCAGCAACACAACCUCUGAAUACAAUGAAAUAAAGCAGCUGUUUCAUCAGACUAUGAAAAAUUACAGCAUCCUUAAAAUACAGAGGAUUCAGAAUCCAUCCCUCUGGAAGGUGUUUCAGUGGCAAAAAGAGAAGAUGAAAAAGGAAAAUGGGGGAAAGGAAGUCCAGGAAAAACGCCUCUUCCACGGAGCUGACGUCACCUCCAUGGAAACGAUCUGCAGUCAGAACUUUGACUGGAGAAUUUGUGGAAGCAAUGGAACUAACUAUGGGAAGGGAAGUUACUUUGCUAGAGAUGCUUGCUAUUCCCACACCUACUGUCAGGCUACACUGCAGGGACAUUUCAUGUUCGUGGCUCGUGUUCUGGUUGGAGACUACGUGAAAGGCAACGCCGCCUUCGUCCGUCCCCCAAUGAAGUGUGCUGACAAGCUGUGGUUAUAUGACAGCUGCGUGGAUGAUGAGUUCAAUCCUGCUGUUUUUGUUGUCUUUGAAAAACACCAGAUUUACCCAGAGUACAUAAUAGAGUAUAAAGAGGAGAGAAUAAGACAGUGGAAUGAGAUAGGAAUAAGACCGCAGAUUGAGACAGGAAUAAGACAGCAGAUUGAGACAGGAAUAAGACAGCGGAAUGAGACAGGAAUACGAGUGUCUAGAGAGGAGGGAAGAAAAUGUGUCAUAUCUUAGAGGAACGUGACAGUUUGUGUCCCUCAUCUUGUUUUUCGUAUUGCAGGUGUUCUCCUACUUGGUGACUUCUUUCUUUUUAAUACAGUUCUUUGGAAUGUUAAUCCAACUUUUGCAUUGAGGAGGGCUGGCAAAGCAGAUGUUACAUUUGUUGUGACUGCCUUAUCUUCUUCUCUUCCUCUCAAAUCAAGCACGGAUAUUUUGAUAACCACAGCAGAAAAAUCAGAAUUGUGGGAUGGGAAAUGGAAUGUUAUGACUGCUGUGGGCAAAUAAUUGUAAAUGCAUAGUCUAAAAAAAAUAGAGAGGACUUCGCAAACAGUUAAAAGAAAAAUUAACAGAACAGUGGUUUUAAAUGAAGCUGUCAGUUUUUUAGUAGCCAGAGACUCUUUUCAGUUCAGAAUUCAUCUGUUCUUGAUCCUCUCAUCUAUCAUUAUUAUAAACAACUCAGUGUAGGUAAUAAUGACUUGAGUUUGUUUUCAAAACACUGCUUCUAAUGCUGGUACAUGUUUUGAGUUAAAAUGAUAAACAAAAAAAGAAAAAGCAUAUUUUAAAUCCAUGUCGUUACUUCUCGAGAAUUUUCAUCUGUACAAUGGCAGAUGGAUCAGAAAGCUGUUGGAUCAGAUUCUUUGUGGAAAUGAGCAGUAACUUGCUGUAACCUAUACAAAAGCAGAGCUCAACUGAAACUGUAAAAGCCACCACAUGUGAGUAAGCAGAUACCAAAAUUAGGUGGUUUGGCUACAACUAAUGGCAUAAGGACACAAAGGCUGUGUCCCAACGAGCCAGGCUUUCCAGUGGGUGUGGCCAUGUAGCGCAGUAGGACAGGAGAAACUUCUUAAGGAUCAUGGAGGUGUUCUGUCCUGUUUGUGCAAUAAUUUUCGUUUUUCCAGAUUAGAAUGGGACCAGAAGAGACCAGUUAGGUUCUCCUGAGGCCAGUGGUGGAACUGCUGUCCUAAGGCACCAUCUGCAUCUUCUGCUGCCCACUUGUGUGGGGCAGGCUGCUGACAAGUGGGGAUCCUCCUUUUGUUUUGGGGGUCACCCAGGGUCAGAAACCUCUGGAUGUUCGCAGGGAGUCUCUAAGUGGAUCAGACUGAAGGCCCUCUGUACAAAAUGCCAUAUUCAGGCAGUUUAGCUGUUCAGAGGGAAACUCGGAGUGAGGACAGGGGAGCAGUAAUUUUUACCUUCAGAUAAGCUUUCCAGAAAAACCAAUAUCCUCUAAGGUUUUUGCAUCUGUGAUAGAAAUCUGUCAACCACUCAAAGAUAGCAAGUUCUUCCCAAGAAGGAUGGAAAAGAUAAAUCCAGAAAAUCUUAGUAAAAUAACUUAGAACUAAAUGAAAACAUGCAGAGAAGAUUUAUCAUUUUUAAGAUCUCUCUUUCUCUUGUUUGCCUGUAGAAUUCCUGAAUUACUGAGCUUGCUGUAUUUGCAAAUAAAACCUAUGUUCAGGCA